AGAGGGAUAAUAUUAAUCUUGUAUAUUAAAAAGUAGAAAAUAUAUCAAUAAUAUUUUAAAGAAAAUAUUAUAAUAAUUUUCUACACCCAAACUUGAGGGCGGAUUUAUUUAAUGAGAGUGCCAUCCACCAGCUUUGCAAGCCCAUUGGGAGGUGUUUGAAAGUGGACGUAGCUACGUCCAAUUUCUCACGUCCCAAUGUGGCUAAGGCUAGGGUGGAGAUUGAUUUGUUGAAGCCUAGGGUUGAACAGAUAUGGAUUGGUUUCUCUGAUGCACCUGGCGAGGAGGAUGUGGGCAUGUUCCAGCCUGUGGAAUAUGAACGCAUUCCAAAGUACUGCACGGCUUGUUUUAAACAAGGCCACGACAAUUCUUCGUGCAAUACUUUGACUCCUAGUCAGCCUGAACAGCGGACUGUUGUUGUUGUUCCCCAACCUUCCACGACUGCACCCACGACUACACAACCUUCUCGACGGAGGCGGAGUAGGAGCUGGGUCAGGCGUCAAAGGGAGGGGAAAGGUAUUGCUAUUGAUGAUGCAGAGCUGGUUCUUGCUAUGUCUAAUACGUUUGAUGCUUUGGGGGAUAUGCCUGUGGACAGUCAUGAGGUCUGCGGUUUAAAUAAUGCUGCAUCUUCCAUUCCUUCCAAUUCGGUAAGGAGGGAGGAUGACGAGUGUAGCUCACAGACUAGUGACGGGUCCACUGGUGAUCAUUUUGAGGAUCCUACUGACAUUGCCCGGGAUCUUGCAGCGCGUGGCCUUUCCCGUGCAAGGCAGGCUCCGACUACUAAGGGAAAGACGGCCAAGAACGCCCGAAAAGCAACAGAGCAUAAGACGGGGAUUCCUGCUCCACGCAGAGAUGUCCUUUCUAAGCUUCGAAUUUUACUGAAACUGCACACUCCAGUGUUGUUAGGUAUCUUGGAGCCUAUGAAGGCACCCUCGCAGAUUGACUAUUAUAGGACGCUGUUGGGUUUCACGGGAGCUAAGUGUGGUGCUAAUGACCAAAUCUGGCUCUUUUGGAACUUUGACAUUGCACCGUCCAUCCAUUUUAUCUCCCAUUUUGCACAGUCACUAACCUUUUCCUUUUCUCACCCUUCUUUUCCUAACCCUCUUUGGUUGUCAGUGGUUUAUGCAAAAUGUAAGUACAGGGACAGGGAGCCAUUGUGGGAAUAUCUUAGAGAGACACACGCCGCUCUCCCGGCUGACAUGGCAUGGGGGUGGUGGGUGAUUUCAACUGUCUGCUCGAUCCCUCGGAGAAGAAAGGAGGCCGGCCGUAUGCUCCAGUCAAAUAUCGGCCUUUUGUUGAAUGUGUGGAGGAUUGUGAACUGGUUGAUUCUCCUUUUAUUGGGGAGGAUUAUACCUGGUUCAACAACCGAGUGGGCGGCGUGGAGAUUCGGAGCCGGAUUGACUGAUUGCUGUUUAACCAGCCGUGGAUGGAUAUGUUCUCUUGUUUGGUGCAUCACUUGGAUAGAGUUGGAUCUGAUCAUGCUCCUCUGUUGGUGGAGUGUAAGUCUCAUGAACGUCCUCCUGCACGGCCUUUCACUUUCCUUAAUGCUUAAGGUGCUUGAGCAGGAUGUUCGGGAUAUUGAGCUACAGCUGCAGACAGAUUCAUCAGAUGAGACUUAUAUCGAGUUCAAGCGGCGCUCUGCACUUUUGAAGCACCAGUAUCGUAUCGAGGAUGAUUUUUGGCGGCAGAAAGCCCAUGCGAAAUGGGUGACGGACGGGGAGAGGAAUUCAGGGUACUUUCACUCUGUUGUGAAGAAUCGCCGGCGGAAGCUUUACAUUCACCGCAUACAGGAUGAUCAUGGGCAAUGGGUCACGGAGAGAGCCGCGAUUGCGACGCAGGCGAUCACCUUUUUUCAGGCCAUGUUCACAGCAGAUCCUAGUGUCACAGCUUCGGCCUUAGAUAUGAUUCCACGACUGGUCAUUGAUGAUGAUAAUGCCCAUCAAUGUGCUGUUCCGGAGAUGGAGGAGGUCAAGACUGCGGUAUUUGCUAUGGAUUCUAGGAGUGCAGCGGGACCUGAUGGCUUUACUGGGGCAUUUUAUAAGGCCGCUUGGACGAUCAUUUGCAUGGACUUAUUGGCAAUGCCCCGUGAUGCACCACAUAUCCAUCAUCUUGCCUACGCCGACGACAUUGUCAUCUUCACUUCGGCGAGGGGGGACACUUUAGAGAGAGUUCGAGCAGUUUUACAUUCCUAUGAGCAGAUUUCAGGCCAGGCUGUCAGCUUCCCUAAGGGUGCCUUCUAUAUGCACCCUAAGGCGUUGGCACCCGUGUUGGAGCGUGUUCGAGAUACUCUCGGGUGUUCAUUGGAUGUGCUUCCAUUCACUUAUCUUGGAUGUCCUAUUUAUCAUGGUCGGAAGCGCAUUCAUUACUUUGAGCCUGUUCUGAAGAAGAUGCGGGACAAGACACAGGACACUAUUUGGACGGCAUUCAUGAGGGCUAAGUACUGUAGCCGCGUCCAUCCUGUGUCCAAGCAGCGUGUUAAUGCUGAUUCGCACACAUGGAAGCGCAUGCUAGAUGUUCGAGCCGUGGUUGAGCCUGUGAUUCGAUGGCGUGUACUCUCUGGCACGUCUAACUUCUGGUGGGAUACAUGGUCUGGACUGGGUGCCUUGCAUCGCCAGGUCGAUGGCUGCAGUGGGUACUGGACUGAUGGAGUGGGUGAUAUGUAUCGCUCUGAUUUUAUGAUUGACCAUGAUGCUCUACCCCCUGAUUUAUUACGGCAGUUGCGCCUUGAGCCGCCAUCUCUUGUUUCUGAUCAUGUGGAUAUUCCGGCCUUACCCUUGCGGGGGUUGAGGCUCCGGGAAUGAUUUUAUUCCUAGAUCUAAGUGGAAUGUUUUGAGCCGGCUUAGUAAUUGCACUUAAGUCUAUGUUCCAAUAUCCGAUAAGCGCUUCACAUUAUAGUUUUUUGGUUGUUGCUUACUUUUUAUACAAGUGAGGAGCCUGUUCCCGCUUGUUCAGACGUUUGUAUUCUUUGAUUUUUUUUAUAAUGAAUAUAUUGAUGCUUG